GUAAGCUGGAUGAGGAAAUAAAAAAAAAACCCACACUAGUGAUUCGUGUUGUCCUCUCCUGCACCCGCACACUUCUGAUUUCACCUAAACACAUUUAUUCGUCUCUAACCUGAGAAGUUCGCUCAAUCAUGUCAAAGGCAUCAACCCUGAAAAUAAGCAACGCGAGCGCAGUAAAGGUGGAAAACUUCCGCCAGUCACUUUAUCAUGAGGCAGAUAAUCUGUUCUCCAAUUACAUCCCACUGAAGAUUAUACAGCUGGAUGCUCUGCUCAGGGACGAUGCCCUCAGCAUCACCGACAUGUCCUCGCUCCAGGCUCCGCUGGACAUCCCCAUACCAGACCCUCCAACCCCAGAGGACGAGGAAAUGGAGACUGACAAGAAUGAAGAUGAUGAGAAGAAGAAGAAGAAACCCCCAAAAUGUGGCUUCAUCAAGGGGAAUGAGAAGAUUACGAUGCUUCUAGAGAGGGUGAAACCAGAGAUUGUGGCUCUGAGAGAGACCAUCAUUGUUGUGUCCUGCUGGAUUCAGCAUCUCAUCCCAAAAAUAGAAGAUGGAAAUGACUUUGGAGUUGCCAUUCAGGAGAAAAUCUUGGAGAGAAUCGCUGCUGUAAAAACCAAAGUUGAUGGUUUUCAGACAAACAUUAACAAGUACUUCUCAGAGAGGGGAGAUGCUGUCGCCAAAGCCUCCAAAGAGACUCAUGUGAUGGACUACCGCUCGCUCGUCCACGAGAAGGACGAGGCCAUCUACUCUGAGAUCAGAGUGAUUGUUCUCGACAUUCGUGGCUUCUACGCCGAGCUUUACGACAUCAUCAGCAAGAACCUGGAAAAGGUGACCAAUCCAAAAGGAGAGGAGAAGCCCUCCAUGUAUUGAAGCUGGAGGGAACGGGAGGUGAUGAUCUAUAGGUACCGCUGGGACAGAUUCUUCAAUUCUCUGCUUAACAGCUGUAUUAUUCAUCUGGUGUAUUCAUUAUCAGUCAACUCCUCUCUCUGCUCAGUCACACUGCAUGUACACAUAAAUCAGGUAAAAAAAGAAAAAGUAAGUUUGUCAGUUUUGCUUAUUCAGUUCAAUAAAUAUAAAAAGAA